AUGACGGGGUUUGGAAAGAUGAUGACAAAUCUCAAGUCCAAACUGAAGACUCUGAAGAUAAGGAAAGUCUAUGACAAGAUAGAGAAGAGCGAAAGCAUGAGGGUGGAAAUAAGAAGCAGGAAGGCAAGGAAGCUGAUUGAACAAACUCUCAGGAUUGCAGAUUCUCCCAAGACCAAAAGCUAUGCAUUCUGA